ACAGGCAUCCAUCCACAGGCAUCGGGAGCCUGCUCCCUUCCAGACCAGACUUUCUUCUUCCCCUCGCCUGCUGGGCCCCUGCUGGGCCCCAUCCCCAAGGUGCUGCCAGUCCAGGGUCAAUCCCUGUGAGCAAGCUCCAGGUGCCCCUCCAGCAGACGGUCGGUCCAGUGACUCCAUGGCACAGAUCUGGACACCCAACAGAAAACCAGAAGGACACUAACGCUGAUCAUUGGAUUAAGAGAGCAGCAUUUUGAACCAAGGACACAAGCCGGGAUGUCAUUUCUGCCAUGCACGCACCAGAACAGUUGAUCAGAUCUAGGGAGAAAGCCAUCGGAGGGCUCUGCUCCCCGUGAGCUGCUGGAAUUGUGGCCGAGCCUCAACAUUCACACACUCUGAGUGCCCGGAAGGCGAGCAGGCAGCAGGUGUGCCUGCCCAGCACCAGCCCAGACAUCAGACACCCUGUCUGCCCUCCUGGUUUUCUGAGACUAACAGGCUCCCAGGACGAUUCCUCCUGCCUCACAGAUGCCUGGCUCACUUGCAAGGGAGCCACCUUUCUUAGUGAAGAUGGAGCUGUCACGUAAAGCAAACUUCUGUGACCCUUUCAGCAAGUCCUGAAAGCUGCCGAGGAAAGCCAUGGAUACAACGACUCCCGCCCAAAAUGUUGGAGUGGAGAUCUACCUCGGUCCCGUGUGGCCUGCCCCCUCCAACAGCACCCCGCUGGCCCUCAACUUGUCCCUGGCACUGCGGGAAGACGCCCCGGGGAACCUCACUGGGGACCUCUCUGAGCACCAGCAGUACGUCAUUGCCCUCUUUCUCUCCUGCCUCUACACCAUCUUCCUCUUUCCCAUUGGCUUCGUGGGCAACAUCCUCAUCCUGGUGGUGAACAUCAGCUUCCGGGAGAAGAUGACCAUCCCAGACCUGUACUUCAUCAACCUGGCGGCGGCCGACCUCAUCCUGGUGGCCGACUCCCUGAUUGAGGUGUUCAACCUGGACGAGCAGUACUACGACAUCGCCGUGCUGUGCACCUUCAUGUCGCUCUUCCUGCAGAUCAACAUGUACAGCAGCGUCUUCUUCCUCACCUGGAUGAGCUUCGACAGGUACCUGGCGCUGGCCAAGGCCAUGCGCUGUGGCCUCUUCCGCACCAAGCACCACGCGCGGCUCAGCUGUGGCCUCAUCUGGAUGGCCUCGGUGUCUGCCACGCUGGUGCCCUUCACAGCCGUGCACCUGCGGCACACGGAGGAGGCCUGCUUCUGCUUUGCCGAUGUCAGGGAGGUGCAGUGGCUGGAGGUCACGCUGGGCUUCGUUGUGCCCUUCGCCAUCAUUGGCCUCUGCUACUCCCUCAUCGUGCGGGCCCUCGUCCGGGCCCACAGGCACCGCGGCCUGCGCCCACGCAGGCAGAAAGCCCUGCGGAUGAUCUUCGCAGUGGUCCUUGUCUUCUUCAUCUGCUGGCUGCCGGAGAACGUCUUCAUCAGCGUCCACCUCCUACAGUGGGCGCAGCCGGGGGACACUCCUUGCAAGCAGUCUUUCCGCCAUGCCUACCCCUUGACAGGCCACAUAGUCAACCUUGCAGCCUUCUCCAACAGCUGCCUGAACCCCCUCAUCUACAGCUUCCUGGGAGAGACCUUCAGGGACAAGCUGAGGCUGUACGUGGAACAGAAGACCAGCCUGCCAGCUCUGAACCGCUUCUGCCAUGCCACGCUCAAGGCGGUCAUUCCAGACAGCACGGAGCAGUCGGAUGUCAAGUUCAGCAGCGCGGUGUGACAGGGACCUCCCAGAGGGAAGAGGACGGGGAGCAGGCUGGUGCUCGGGUCCUGCACACACCUAGCACAGGUGCUGGGUCAUCUCUAGGGCUGCCGGAAUCCUUUCUGACUGUCCAGCUCAUGGAUGCUGCCAUCCAGAUUCAAGGUCCCAAGGCAGCAGGCCACAUGACAGUGACCUCUGAUCUCAAAGGGCACCACGUAGGGCCUGCUGCUUGGUUUUCUUUCCACACCCUAUGUUCCCAGAAGACAAGUCUGUUGUUGAUAAGUGACAGCCAAAAGGACAGGCCACACUAUGGGAGUUCCAUGUUACAUUUCUGCUACAUGGCGGCUACACAGAGGAGUCUAGAGACAGAACGUAUGUAACAGACCCACACUGGCUACCUUCCCUUUGCUUGUGAUGUGUAACUGACCAUGUAUACACUGUCCAGUGAGGCCAAAGCUAAGGACACCAGAGCCUUCUUCCCGUCUUCCAGAAAGCUCUGAGGUCACCCCAGAUGCCACUCUUAACUCCUGAGUGAACGGCGUGUCUGCGCAGAGAAAGGCCCUUCAACAAAACGCCUUCCUGCUCUGGGACGCCCCUCUCACAAAGCUUGUUUACAAGGGUGUUUGCCCUUCCGUGAAGGUGGAAGGAGACUCUGGGUGUUUCUGUGCAGGCCGGCAGGAUGCCACCUCAGAUGUGUGGCGGAAGGACUUGCCUCCACAGAAAAUAAUACCAGAAACAGUGAAGCUAUAAAUGGACCUCAUUAAAAUGUACAGAAAAAAAAAAUGAGAACUAAGGAUCGGGGUGUUCAUUCAG